AAUUUUAGACAGUGCACAGGAAGUAAACAUAAAAUGAGCCUCUGCCUGCGGCGAAGUAGAAUAGCAGAAUAAAUUGUUUCCGUAACAGCGAACAUGGAUCGCUUUUCGUGGUCUAAUGGGCUGCUAGAAAUAAACGAAACUUUAGUGAUCCAACAACGAGGUGUCAAAUUGUAUGACGGCGAUGAAAAGGCUAAGCUGGACGUUGGAGUUGCCUUGUUGAGCACCCAUCAGUUGAUCUGGAGGGAUGCUAAAAAUCAUGAAUGCUGCAUAGCCAUGCCCCUGUCACAGAUCAUCUUCUUUGAGGAGCAGGCUGCAGGAAUAGGAAAGAGUGCAAAAAUAGUUAUCCACCUGCAUCCAAUACCUGCCAACAAGGAGCCAGGUCCCUACCAACACAGCAAGUUCUCCUACAUCAAGCUCUCCUUCAAAGAACAUGGGCAGAUUGAGUUUUACAGGAGGCUAACAGAAGAGAUGACCCAGAAGAGAUGGGAGAAUACACCAGUUUCACAACCUAUCCCCACAGGGACCGGCCCUCAGGCAGGAAGGACACGAGCAGUGGGGAUUGUCGGCAUUGAAAGGAAGAUAGAGGAGAAAAGGAAAGAAACAGACAAAAACAUUUCAGAGGCCUUUGAGGACCUCAGUAAGCUGAUGGUGAAGGCCAAAGAGAUGGUUGAGGUGUCCAGAUCUAUAGCUAACAAGAUCAAAGACAAGCAAGGGGACAUAACAGAGGAUGAGACAAUCCGCUUUAAGUCCUACCUUCUGAGCAUGGGUAUAGCUAACCCUGUCACCCGGGAAACGCACGGGUCAGGUACACAUUACCAUUUGCAACUGGCUAAACAACUGGGAGAUAUGCUACAGGCCCCUCUAGAGGAGCGUGGGGGUAUGAUGGCUCUCACUGAGGUGUACUGUCUCGUCAACCGAGCCAGAGGGAUGGAGCUUUUAUCUCCAGAAGAUUUGGUAAAUGCAUGCAGGAUGUUUGAGUCGUUGAAGCUCCCGUUGAGGCUGCGAGUGUUUGACAGCGGUGUGAUGGUGGUCCAGCUGCAGUCUCACAGCGAAGAGGAAAUGAUAGCCUCCGCACUGGACAAUGUGUCAGAAAAAGGCUCUUUAACAGCAGAGGAGUUUGCAAAGCUCUUGGGUCUCUCUGUUCUUCUGUCUAAAGAGCGGUUGUUGCUGGCUGAGAAGAUGGGCCACCUUUGUAGAGACGACUCUGUUGAGGGUUUGAGAUUCUACCCAAACCUCUUUUGACCUGUUGACAUUAAAAAAUGCAUUAAAGCAAUCUUCUGACCUCUA